AUGGAGGGCAAUGGCGACCAGCACACGGACGGGCACUACCACGCCGCCAACGCCGCGCUGGCCAUAGCAAUGGUCCCGGCGGCCGCCGCGCACGGGUCCGUCGUGCCUAAGCCGGAGCAGGCGCCGGGGGAAUUCGGGCUCGCCGUCGCGGUCCCGCCGCGGAGCCGCGACCGGCACACCAAGGUGGAGGGCCGCGGCCGGCGCAUCCGCAUGGCGGGGCCCUGCGCGGCGCGGGUCGCCCGGCUCACGGCCGAGCUGGGCCACAAGUCUGACGGCGAGACCAUCCGCUGGCUGCUGCAGCAGUCGGAGCCGGCCAUCGUCGCCGCCACGGGCACCGGGACCGUGCCCGCGAUCGCCACCACCGUCGACGGCGUGCUCCGCAUCCCCACCGAGUCGGCCGCCGCCGGCGCCGACCCGGCCCCCAAGCGGCGCCGCAAGCUCCAGCCCACGCGCGCGGCGGCCGGCGCGCCGCCACUCCUCACAGCACCCCCCGCGGCCUUCUACCCCGUCGCCGCCGACCCCCUCCUGCAGGGCAACGGCGGCGGCGGCGCGAUUUCGGUCUCCAGCGGCCUCGCCCCCGUCUCUGCGGCGCCCGCAGGCGGCCCCAUCCCGUUCUACGCCAUACCGUCUCCAGCCUCCGGCGACGCCAAGCAGCAGAUGAUGCCAGCAGUGUGGAUGUUCCCGCCGCAGCCCGCCGCCGCCCCGGGCGCGGCCAACCAGCCGACUCACUACUUCGCCCUCCAAACCACCCCUGACCUCAUGAAUUUCUCCGGCGCACAGGCCAUGAGCUUCGCAAACUACCAGCCCCAGUCGUGCUACAGCCCGGUGCAGUUUGGAGCCGGAGGGGAGCCACAGGACCAGCAACCCGGUGGCCAGGAGGAGAGCGCCGGCGACCAGAACCAGGGGUUCGAGGGCGAGUACGACGGCGAGGGCCUGACGGACUCCAGUUCCGAGGAGUAGCGCUAGCGUAGCAGGCAACACGCUACGCUGCAGAGUCAAACAAGUCUUUGAACAAACUCGAACCGAAGACUAGCUACUAGGUUUAAGCUUUUUGCCGAUGUGAUUUUCUUCUUCUUCUUUCUUGUGCAAAAAUCUCAUAUAUGAUGCUGUGGUAACAACUAAAGAACUACUCUAGUCAAUUUCGUCCUGGUGAUUUCAGUUUCGUGGUCAACUGGUUGCAGACAAGUAUGGAAUGUCGGCAGCAAAUAUACAUGUCCCAAAGUUCUGAUUC